AAUUUUUUAUUCAACAAUGAAAUUAUAAAAUCACUGUUUUCUAUCAAACACUCCUAAUAACGUAUUUAAAUUUUAUGUAAUUUCUUCAUUCCUCUCUAGUACACAAAGAAUUUGUAAACGCUUGAACUUGAAUAAAUGCUGGAGAGGUUAGGUUUUGUUCGUUACGAAAAAACAGUUUUUUAUCGCAGUUCUCUUUGUUUUCUCUUCAACAAGGCAUGGAUUUCGUAAAACGGGAGGAUCAAGCAAUAAUCGACGAUGAAUUGCAACAACACUACAAACUAUACAUGGAGAAUGCUCAGAAAACCCACAUGGAACCAGAUUAUCAACACGCACUCUCCAUGGAGCAACUGCACCAAAUACAGACCUCGAUCAACUCCACCAUAGCGCACAACUUCCAACUGCCUCUGUCUCCCAGACAGAUAUCUAGUCUCAUGCUGAAGACCAACCAUUUCAACCAGAUACCUGCACAUCUGCCCAGGAAUUUAGAGCUAGACCUAGCGCAGAACCUCAACGACCUAACUCAAAUGCGCAACGAAGACAUCAACCAGAACCUCAGACUAAACGAGUUGGAACUGCAAGCGGCUCAAAACCUUCAACUGAAUGAGCAAGAGCUAUCCCGCCUCAACCAGGAUUUGAGGCUCGAGCUGCCUCAAAAUUUGGGAAGGGAUAUGGAAUUGGGACACGAGCUGAUGAGCCACAUGGAUGAACGGAGAAUGGAUGCCAUGAUGGAGACUAGGAUGGUGCUAGAAGAACCUAGGCAGGUGGACCAUCACCACCAGAUCCCGCAGCCCUUCCACAUCAAGUUGGAACAGGACGAAGAGUACUUCUAUGAGAAUGUCAACCAAAUCAGCCAAGCGAUCAAUGUAAAUGGGAUGAGUGGUCACAUUCCCGUCCACACAGAGCAUCCUCAACAAGCCAUACACCAGGACCAAAUGUACGCCGUCUACAACAAUCACAUCACAGCAGUCCCCGCACUCAACUCCCUAGACCUCUACCAAAGACCACAGAACUACGUACAAUACGUCACCAACGUCAGAGACAACCCGGAGAACCUAGUCGUCCAUAGACAAUUCGAGAACGCCAGUCCCUACGCAGAAGAAUUUAAAAAGUUAGCACAAGAUGUCCCGAAGAAAAUGGAAGAACCGAAAGAAAAUCAGAAACCGAACAGAAAGAUUCCAUUUUCAAAUUUUCAGGACGAUUUCGUUCCAGAGAAAAAUGAAAAUGAUGCUAGCGCUCAAAAUAAGAUGACCGAAGAGCUGUCUAUGAAUAUUAAAGGAGAAUAUUCUUGUUAUAAGUGUAAUGAUGUUUUCUCAACGAAGAGAGGUUUGAAACAACAUGCGAAAACGUGCACAGAGGCCAAUGAUCCUAUGGAAAAACUUGGAAAAUUCGUUUGCUCUCAAUGUCCAUACAGAUGUCAAUCGCCAGCCAUUUUGAAAAUUCAUGAAAGAACUCACACCGGUGAAAAGCCUUUUUCAUGUACGUUCUGUGAUUAUAAAUCAGGUCAGAAAAACAAUGUGGCUAAACAUAUUCUAGUUCAUAUGAAAGAGAAACCAUUUCGAUGUCAAUACUGCGAAUAUAGAUGCGCGCAGAAAAAUAACUUAGUCGUUCACGAGAGAACACAUACCGGUUACAAACCGUUCGCUUGCCCGUACUGUGAUUACAGGACUGUUCAGAAACCAAACUUAGUGAAGCAUAUGUAUCUACAUACAGAUCAAAAGCCGUUCUCGUGCGAUCAGUGUAGUUACCGCUGUGUACAAAAGACAAAUUUAACUAAACAUAAACAGAGGCAUUUGAACGAGAAAGCCGGUGAAAAAGUUGAUUUGAAGAGUCAAACGAAACCUUACCGGCCGAGGCAGAAAUCUGUAAAGUGUCCGCAUUGUCCGUACAAGUGUGUUCAGAAAUCUAGCCUGGAUAAACAUAUUGAGUUUAAACACGGUGCAGUAAGUGAAGUGCAACCUAGUGAGAACGAGUUGAUACAGAACUUAAGUGUGAAGAAAGACGAGUGCCAAGAGGAAAUGCAAGUGUCAUAGUGAUGUGUGCUUUUAAGUAUAUAUACUUAGGUUAGUUUAAAGCUAAGUGGCGCUUUAGAAUCGAUUUUGAUGAAUAUAGAUAGAAUUUUUUUAUCACACACUUAACUCUUAUGGUUCCCAAAAUGCAGGUUUAGCCUAGGUUAUGGAAUCACUGUCAAAAUUUAUUGAUUUUUGCUUCACUCAACUUUUUUUAUUUUAUCUUUUCAGUCAGUUAACUAAAGAGAGAAGCAGACAGUAGGCUGUCUUUUUCAACUAAAAUGCAAUACUUAUCAAUUUUUGCUUGAUUAAUUUUAUGACAUUUUAAAUCAUGAUGUUCUACAAUACCUAUUAUUAUACUCAACUGAAGUU